AUGAGACAAUAUGAAAUCAUGGAUGGAAAUAGAGAAGAUCCGUCCAUGACUGUAAAAUUAAUGAUGUUGUUGAAAUUACAACAAAACAAAGUGGUUGAAAAGCUCCAUGGGCAAAACAUGAUCACGGUACUCACAAACUCCUUCACUACACGAAUUCAAGAAAUGGAAGUUGAACUUAAGCUGCUGCUUCUACGGUUACUCAUUCCACCAAAUUCUGAAAGAAGAAGGAAGAAGCAAUUAAAAAGACGUAACAGGAUACGUGAAAUGCAAGCAACCGGCUUUAUUUUAUCUAAUUCUGGAGUUGUAUCAGCUGCCACAAAUAGUAUGGGAAAAUGCUAUGCAGAUACAGUAGCCAUAGGAAAUGGAGCAAAGAAACCGGACCUAAUUUCUAUUAAUACUGCUUGGACAACUGUUGCUAGCAAUUCUAUCAAUAUUGCAAUUAUUGCACUAUCUCCUCAACCUAAUAACGUUACUAUAAAUGUGAUAUCAAGCUCAGUGGAAAAUAUUCGACCGUAG